AUGCCCUCUCAUACUGAAUCAAAGUAUGAGUUUGGUGGACCUUUGGGCGCUGGUGCCAUAGUAGUGGGCCUGCCCAUUCUGCUCUGCGUCUUCGCAUUUACAUGCAACGAUGUAACUGGCUGUCCCGUACCAUCACUACUAAGCCCUCGUACCCUAAGCUGGGAGAGGCUAAAAACCGAGAUUGGAUGGCCCCAUGGGGGCCUCCGGGAGUUUGGCAGUUGGGAGGUGACCGGCAUGGUGCUUGCAUAUUACCUCCUCAGCAUGUUCCUCUGGAGGAUUCUCCCUGCGCAAGAAGUGCGCGGCACAAAGUUGGUCCAGCACAAUCGUCCGUUGACGUACCGCUUUAACUCUUUCUCGUCUACCAUUGUUCAGCUAGCUGUCUGCAUCAUUGGAACAUAUCUAAAGGGUGCAGACUUUGUUGUCUGGACGUACAUCGCGGACAAUUAUGUGCAGAUAUUGACCGCCAACAUUCUGAUCUCAUAUGCCCUUUCUGCGUUUGUAUACGUUCGCAGCUUCAGCGUGAACACCAAUUAUCCAAACAAGGAGCUCCGUGAGUUAGCUGCGGGUGGAAACACGGGCAACUUUGUGUACGAUUUCUAUAUCGGCCGUGAGCUGAACCCUCGCGUUGCUCUCCCACUCGUUGGCGAAGUCGACAUCAAAACCUGGUGCGAGAUGCGCCCCGGCCUGACUGGAUGGAUAUUGCUCAAUUUAGCAUUUAUCGCCAAGCAAUACCGCACCUAUGGCUUUCUCUCCGAUAGUAUCCUCUUCACUGCUUCUGUACAAGCCUUCUACGUUCUUGACGGCCAGUAUAACGAAUCCGGUAUUCUUACUAUGAUUGACAUCACCACGGAUGGCUUCGGGUUCAUGCUGUCUUUUGGAGAUCUCGUAUGGGUACCCUUUCUCUACUCAACUCAGUGCCGAUACCUCUCUGUCUAUCCCUUGCACCUUGGGUGGACAGGUAUCACCACCGUAAGUGCGGUCUUCGCACUCGGGCUGUACAUUUUCCGCGCUGCCAACACGCAGAAAAACGUUUUCCGCACACAGCCUAACGAUCCGAGUGUGGCAAACUUGUCGUACAUCCAAACCAAACGAGGAACAAGACUGCUGACGGCAGGAUGGUGGGGCAUGUCUCGCCAUAUCAAUUAUUUCGGGGAUUGGAUGCAAGCCUUGCCUUUUAGCUUACCGACAGGACUGGCAGGCUAUACUAUUCUGUCGGCUGGCAGUGCAGCAGCCUUAUCAACGGACUUCAAGAUGCUUGAUGGGCGGGAGGUUGUCCAAGGAGAUGCCAAGGGCUGGGGAGCCAUUUUCACCUACUUUUAUGUCCUUUACUUUGCCAUCCUCUUGAUGCACCGCGAGCGGAGAGAUGAUGCUAUGUGUGCGAAGAAAUACGGGGAAGACUGGGAGAAAUACAGGAGGAUCGUGAAGUGGAGAAUCCUGCCUUGGGUCUACUAG